UUGCCCUUGUCUACAUCUAUGCAAAGAAAAAUGACUGUUCAGUUAAGAAUGUAUUUACGUUCAUGACAGAAAUGCCAAUAAAAUUCGAAUUUAAAUUUUAUUGUUUUCAGUUACCUAUUCAUUAUUAUUUUUUGAUACUCGAAUAGACAGAAACGAAUAGGCAUUUGAAAUUAUAAUUUAACAGUUUUAGUAUAAGCUUUUCUUCUACUGAAGAUAUACUUAAAUAUCUAUUAUAAGCUUGAACCACUCAUGUUAAGAGCAAGAACAAAAUCUAAUUUAUGAACAAGUGUGAAAAAAUAGCGACAUACUCUUUCAUCCUCGAAUUAGCGUCGGCUAAAGACCAUAAUGUCUUUCCUAAUUUUCUACAUAUUUGGUAGUGUGGCAUAAAAUUCAGUUAAUACAGUGCAAAACCUUCAAGUGCAUAUUUGGUGCUACCAGCAGUGACUGAAAUAGCUCUAAUAGAAGAUGUAAUUGAAUCGUUUAUGACCAACUGGCAUAUGGUACGUCUCUUUACCUUUGCACUGCUUUUGAAAUUUCUGUGCUCUACUUAUUUUGUUCCGCUGAUUACUAAAAUAUGAAUAAAACCCAGCCAAAAGUAUCUUGGCUUUAAUGUUAUGUAUAAUGAAUGAAUGGUCUGUUCGAAGUAUCACUAAUAUGGUGACUUCUGCAUCAAUGGAGAGCGCGGGAGCACCUGAAAGAUCGCAAUAGAGUUACAUGACAUCUGUUUGACUUCUCAGUGCCAUCUCUAGAAUCUGAAUCGGGACAACCUUACGAUCCUUGCGUAUGUGCUACCCAGAAUCUCUCAGUGAAUCCUGCGCCAAACAACACCGCCAAAUAAACCCAUGCUUCUUCAAUUUUGUUCUUAUUUUACAUCAACUUAAUACAUAUCAUCAAUUAUAUACCUUAUAUUUCGUCACUAGUAGAAUUAUCUCCUCGCCAGUUUUAUGAUAUACUACUAAUUAAUCCGAUCUCAAGGACGAGGAUGAUGUUAAUCUGUUUGUGGGUCACGGUCAACUGCGGACUGAACUAAUUUCAUUUCACGUGGACUUACAGCAUUCAGCAGCAGAAGUUGGUUUUGAUUUAUAGGGUUCUAAGCUGGAUCAGAGGGAGUGCUGUGUUGUAUAGCUACUUAACUGUGUUUUUCAACCAAGAUAGUUACAAAAGGUAAAGGACUACCGACAGCUUCGAGCGAAUUGUGCUUUAACGGGUCGUACUGAAAACAAAGACAUCGCCUCACAACACCCGAAGAUACCAAUUUUGUUGUCAGUCCAAUUAUACUUCACGCGUGAGUUUACAAGGAUUUCGAAGUUUUCAGGACAACCUAGAAUCAAGAUCUUCAUUUCGGGUUGUCAAAAAGCAACAACUCGUCUGUAAACAGAGUUCUACAACCAGCUACCAAGUGUGCUGCAGCAAACGACGCGACAGCGGUCGAAGUUAACCGAGUGUAAGUCAAUUAAGAUGCGACUACCCGAGGCGUUUAAUCCCUUGAGUUCUGAGGUGGAUUGGUGUGAGCCCAACUACGCAGUCACACCUUUCAUCACAGAAUUUGUCAACACGGUGUCCAAUCUGCCGCUGGUGGUGUUCCCUGUGGUACAGUACUACAUCUACCUGCGCUAUGCCUCCUUCUGCCAGCCCAACCUGAAGUUCCUCCUCCUCACCCUCCAGCUGGUGGGCAUUGGAUCCGCAUACUACCACGCCACACUCUCAUUCGCGGGUCAGUUAGUGGAUGAAUGUGGAAUCCUGUGGAGUCUCAGCUGGCUCUCAGCCGGAUACUGGCCCAAACACCUGCUGCCUUUCGGGCUCAAAUCCAGAACCAAAUUCACCAUUAUUUUCAUCUUUAUCACCUUCUGCUGCACGAUGCUCUCAAUCACAGCACCCGCGUUCAACCAGUUCGCACUCAUCAUUUUCGGAGCACCCUUCGUGCUCACGGUCAUGGCCGACUACUUCGCCUACAGAACUCCAACACACAUUUACACCAAAUGCUUUCCCAAAUUCAUCCUUGGGUUCGUCUUCGCCUUUGUAAUCUGGACCCUGGACAAAUCUUUUUGCCCCCUCUGGAGGUCCUUGUACAUUCCUUAUUUACACGGUGUGUGGCAUAUCAUUAGUGCUUACGCGUGUGCCUAUGGAAUCGUGUUAUGUGUGCAUGAAGAUCUAACCGUGGGGGGAUACCCUAUCGAAAAAAUUCACAUGAAGUACAUGCCUGCUUGGAUGGGAGCUAUGGGAGUGCCUUAUAUCGAUUUCAAUCCGUAAUUUGAAGCAACACGACAAAACUGAAGUGAUUAAUUCUUAUUGUUGCAAUUAAUUCUCGCAACGGUCGCCUUAACAACUUGAAACGAAAAAAAUACAACCAACGAUAAACCAUUUCACUCUACAAGAGGGGUGAAAUUAACCAUUACAACAAAGCUCUGAUUGUCGUGAAAACUACCCAACCAAUUAAAUCGCUUCGGAUGACUGCACCCUGAAAGCCUUCAAAGUUAAACAGCCACUGGUUUCCAUUUUCAGUCGAUUCCCAAAACAGGAUCUGAAAUGCGUUUAUCUUCGGAUCUGAUUGUUUUUUGCAGUAUCUUUGUAAAUGUACCUCGCAAAUAAAAAACUAAAUAGGUUGGUUUUUAGUGAAAUGUGGCAAGAUUUGUGAUGAUAGAAGUUAAAAAGAACUAAAUCGGAAUAAUUUUCGCAAAGAU